AUGGGUAAUUCCUCUACAUCCAAACAUUCAAGAUCACCCUAUAUUCCAGCAGCACCAACCUACCAUUCGGCAGUACCAACCUACCACUCAGCAGUGCCACAAGCAGUGCCAUACGGAGAGAGGUUAACUGUUCAAUCAGAACAGUUUUCAUUAGAAUCGGCAGCAGGCAAUAUUAAGGCAAAUGAGAAACAGCUAGGCAAUGAAACAGAUCUUGGAAAUCUACCAUCCGGUUAUGUACGCAUUCACGGUGGUUUAAAAUUGCCUGGUGAUAAUAGUGGCUAUUCAAGUCCAUUAUUCGUCAUUAAUCUAUAUAAAGAUGAGGAUAAUAUCGAUCAAACUCGUGAACUAACUGGACAAGCUUCUAUUACAGAACAGCAAGCUUCAUUAAACACUAAACAUCGAAUCAAACGAAUAGAACAGUACAUGACAUGCACUGAGGAACUAUGCAUUAUUCCGGUCGAAGAUAUUGUUGCUAUUAAUUAUAAGAGUCAAUUUCGAAAGUCUGUGCAUCAUGAGGAACGAAUUGAUACUACACAGGAAGUUGAAUAUAAAGGAAAGUUUUUUAAAAAGAAACAUUUGCAUGAUGUCGAAAACGUCACUAAUAAACAAAUACAAUAUGCCCAACGUCUUGUUACUAUUGAAAUCGAAUACUUCAAAUAUGUUAAUCCUGACUCAGCUAGCAUUGUACGUGGCUUAAACCUUCAGGAACGUGAAAAACUGGAUUUUGAAAAAGAUGAUUACACUGAAAAACAACAACAAGCCGAACUACUUUGUCGUGCUGUUGUUCAUCUGAAAACAUUGCGUGUUUAUCCGAGUAUUCAGGAAUUACCAGCACUUUUCCAUCAAGAAUCUCUUGAAUCGCUUGGCCACGUUUUUGUUGAGCGUUCUUUUACCGAUCCACUCUCAUCAAGACAACAACAUCCACCUGCUAUAGAAAUGAGAAAACAGCAGCAGCCAGCUAUUCAACACUACCCUCAACUAGCAGCUUUGCCGCAGCCGGCAACUGCGACAUUGACUGAAGUAGAGGAGGAUAGUCGUGAAUUCUAA